AUGCCGAAAGCUCAGGGAACUCCGCCUUCUCACCACCUUCUGCCUUCCGCAUCUCCCCCGUCCCUCUCGCUCCUCACGGACCUCCAAACCCUCCACGUGUGCGCUCAUCCUCGCUAUGGCGACGACUCGUUACAGGAGCUCGUUUCGCCGCCCGAGAGCAUCGGCGCGCUGCAGCAGCUGCGGGAAUUGCGGAUCUGCGCGGGAGCGAGUUUCCAGGGGCUGGGGGAGCGCGUGGGUCUCCUGAGGAACCUGCGCAUGCUGAGUAUCGGUACUGGCUUCGCGAGAACCGUCACGAAGCUUCCCGACGCGAUAGGCGACUUGGCUCGCCUGGAAACCCUAGAAAUCGAACUGGACGGGCUCGAGUGCAUUCCGGAAUCAUUCCAACUGCUGACCGGGCUGAAAACCCUUUCCAUCCAAUCAGAGAACUUGCAAUGCCUGCCCGAAAAUGUUAUGGCGGGGCUGACGCAGCUGCAGUCUCUUUCCCUCCACGCCUGCGAUUCUCUCUGGAUUCUCCCGGAGAGCAUCUGCUUCCUCCCUCUCUCCUCCCUCUCCAUCUCCUCCUGCUCCUCGCUCAUCUCACUCCCACACCACAUCGGCGCGUUGUCCCAUCUGCAAACCCUAAAGCUCCUCUCCCUUAAUAACGUCCGGGCUCUACCUGAAAGCCUGGGUAAUUUACCCCGGUUAAAAACGCUCGGGUUGGACCUGCCCGCGCUGGAGCAUCUGCCCGAGGGAUUGUGUGAAAGCAGCCUUCCAGCGUGCCUGGAAAAGCUGAGCCUGACCAACUGCGAGCAGCUAAGGGAGCUCCCCCACUCCUUGUACAAGCUGACUCGUUUACAAUCACUUCUUAUCGCAUCAUGCCGCCUUACAGAGUCUCUGAAGCCGCUGACCCCUCCAAUAACGGUGGAAAUGUUUGCUGUCAUGCUGCUCAUCUCCCUGCUGCUGCUCAUCAUGCAAGUGCUCAUAGCACUCUCUACCGCACAAUACAAAACUUCUCCUUCCCAGCCCUGCACACCCUCACCCUGCAUUCCCUGGGCAACCUGA